AUAACUAUAUUGAUAGUAAAAUUUAAUUAAUUAAAAAAUUUUGUAUUCUUUCAUUGUAAUAAUUCAAAAUUACUUAUAACUACUAAUUAUAUAAUAGUUAUUUUAAUUAGCUUUAAAAACUAAUUUUGAAGUUUCCAUAUUAAAUGUUUACAAUUUUUUCCAUUUUUUAUUUUUCUACAGGUAUAAAAUUAGUGGUCAUAUUGAAAGAAUGAAGAUGGUUCCUAUGUAUGGCUUAGUUCUUAAUGAACAUGAAGGUGAAGUACAUGAUGCUGAAUUAGAUUAUUAUGGACAACGUCUUGCUACAUGUUCUAGUGACAAAUCAAUUAAAAUAUAUAGUAUUCAUAAUGGAAACAAAACCCUUAUAGCUGAUAUUAAAGGCCAUCAUGGACCUGUUUGGCAAAUAUCUUGGUCCCAUCCUGUAUCGGGUCAUCUUUUAGCUUCCUGUUCUUAUGAUAAACGUGUUGUGGUAUGGAAAGAAUCAAAUGAUUGGUUCAAUAUAUUUGAAUAUGCACAUGAAUCUUCAGUUAAUUCUAUUGCUUGGGCACCUCAUCAACAUGGAACUAUACUGGCUAGUGCUAGUUCAGAUGGAUCUGUUGCUGUACAUGUUUUCAACAAAGAAUGGUCUUCUAAAUCUUUUGGUGCUCAUCAUAAUGGCUGUAAUUGUGUUGCUUGGGCACCUUAUAAAGAACCUCUAUUUGGACCUGAUCAAAUGAAUUUUGGUAAAAGAUUGGUUUUAGCAUCAGGAGGAUGUGAUAAUUUAGUUAAAAUUUGGGCGGAUGAUGGUGAUCAGUGGGUACAAGUUGGUGAGAUUAACUCUCACACUGAUUGGGUACGAGACAUUGCAUGGACUUGUACUGUUGGAGAUAAUAGACAACUUAUAGCUAGUUGUUCUGAAGAUAAAACUGUAGUUGUUUCAAGCAGUGAUGAUUAUUCUAAGUGGAUGUCUACAAGAAUGAAUUUAUUUGAUAGUCGUGUUUGGACUGUAAGUUGGUCAAAAAUUGGAAAUGUUCUUGCUGUUUCUGCUGAAAGUAGUAAAGUAUCUUUAUGGAAAGAAAACAAAAAUGGGAAAUGGAUUAUGUGUAGUGAUAUUGAAGAAAGCAAAGUAAAUUAACAUGUAUUGUUACUUAAAUUUUGUAAAUCUAAUUUUAUUAUUUUCAAAUAAAUCACUUUGCGAGUUAUAUAAAAAUUUUAUCUUAUAUAUGAGACUUUCAAAUUGUAAUAAAUUAAAAAAUUCAAUAAUUUAAAUAAAGCUUCUGUAUUUUAUAUUUUAUUGAUUAAUUUUAAUUUAUGACUGUUCUAUUUAAGGAAGAGGUAAAGAAGAUCAUCUUGUACUUGCUUAGGAGCUUAUAGACAACAUUAAAACUAUUGGUAUUUUAAAACCAAUAUCAAAUUUAUAUUUAUGUACAAGGAUAUGAGAACAGCUACUAAUUAUGAAAACGCUACAUAGAUAAUCAGAUGAAACCGCCAACCACUACACCUUAUUUAGUCGAAAUAG